AAAUACCUUUUGAGAUCAUAUUCCCUACUCUUUCUAGCUCUACUUGUUCUUCGGUGCAAGUAAUUGCUGCCAUCUACCACCAUAAGCUAAGCAAUUCCCCCACAUUGUAAAAACUUUGGGAAAAAGUCUUAAUUUCUUCUUCAAUUUAUAGGCAAUAUGAAGACAUAAGAAUUGAAAAAGUAGAAAGGAAAACAAUAGGCAUAAAGAUGAAGCACAGAAUUGGCCUUCAACUUUUCCCUCUAUUGUCGUCUUCUUCUUCUUCAGAGUUCCACAGUAGUGAUCACUCUGUGGCCUGCUCGUCUACAAGAAAGCAUAUCACAAUUUUCUACAACGCACAAGCUGGAGAAUGUGAUAUAUCUGAAGUGCAGGCCUUAGCCAUCUUAUGGCAUGCAAGACAAGUAAAAUAUAAUAAUGGGCUGUCCCUGAGAAAAUCCCUACAGAGGUUUCUGCAAAAGAGAAGAGAAAGGAGGAUUCAAGCAGCUAAUCCAUACUAGCUAAAAGAAAUGAUAUGAUGUUGGUGAUAGGCGAAUUCAGAAUUGAGAAUUUAGUUAUCUAGAAUGUGUAUGAUUUUGUGAUAUGCGGAUAGGUCACUAAUUUUUUUCUGCAUAUGUAUCUGCAUUUCCAACGGGAACAGUGAUUUCAGCUGAAUUUACCGAACUAGCUAUAUAUGUGUUGAUUCCUAAUUA